AUGGACAUAGGCAACGCAAGGACGCGACUCCGUCGCACAUUCCACUACCCCACCGAUGAGAGUUCCAACGGGAGCACCCCGGAGGUCCUGGAUGAAGAGGAACAGGAGAAGCUCAUUCAGACCCUCGCAGAGCAGAACGCAACCACCAACCAGCAGUACCAGAUCAUCCUCCUCGCACUGCCAAUCCUCUCGUGCAUACCCUACCUCCUGGCGCUCUUCCGCCCCUCGACGACCCUCAUCGCCGUGCUGGGCCUGACCUCCCUGGCAAGCACGUCCUUCCUCCUCUUCAGCCUCCCGCCGACCGAGACGGGCAUCCACGCGCUGGACGCCUGGGCCAGUUCGGGUUCCACGCGAGGCCAGCAGGGCGGUGGCGACGGCAACGAUGGCCCAGGUGUGUCGGCGUCCGGGUCGGGCGGCGGUGGCCCUAGCGGGAUGAGCACCCUCAGCCAGCGGCGCCAGCGGAGGCGGCGCGCGAGCAGCUUCAGCGUCGCGCCGCAGAAGAGCCCGCUCGAGAGGCACCUGCCGCUGCUGAACGUCGGACUCUGCGCCGUGCUGGUCCUGUACGGCCUGCUGGUGCAGCGGCGCGGCGGGGGGACCAGCGAGCACUAUGACGGCAGCGAGGACCAGCGCCAGCACUUUGGCUGGCUCGGCCUGGGGAACCUGCCCGCCAUCGUGUACGCAGUCGUCAUCGUGGCCAAGCUGCUGAUGGCGAACGUCGACCCGGAGAGGGAGCUGACGGCGCUGAAGUACGACUAUAAGGGGGCCUGA